AUGGUGAGAGGAUUGCUUGGAAAACUCGCCGCCCGCUCGCUUUCCGUCGCCGGGAAAUGGCAGCAACAACAGCUCCGCCGCCUCAAUAUCCAUGAAUACCAGGGUGCUCAGUUGAUGGGAAAAUAUGGGAUCAAUGUCCCAAAGGGUGUUGCCGUUGGUACCAUUGGAGAAGUGAAAAAGGCGAUUCAGGAUGUAUUCCCCAAUGAAAAUGAGAUUGUUGUGAAGUCUCAAGUGCUUGCUGGUGGAAGGGGUCUGGGGACAUUCAAAAAUGGAUUUAAAGGUGGAGUUCAUAUUGUCAAGGCUGAUCAAGCUGAAGAUAUUGCAGCAAAGAUGCUUGGGCAGAUACUUGUUACUAAACAAACUGGGGCCCAAGGGAAAAUUGUCAGCAAGGUUUAUCUGUGUGAAAAACUGUCUUUAGUUAAUGAAAUGUACUUCUCCAUUAUUCUUGACCGUGCAUCUGCUGGUCCUCUUAUUAUUGCCUGCAGGAAGGGAGGAACCAGUAUUGAAGACCUGGCAGAAAAGUUCCCUGAUAUGAUUAUAAAGGUACCUAUUGAUGUUUUUAAAGGCAUUACGGAUGAAGAUGCAGCAAAGGUUGUUGAUGGUUUGGCUCCUAAGGUUGCUGAUAGAAAUGACUCAAUUGAACAAGUGAAGAAGUUGUACAAUCUUUUUUGUCAAUGUGACUGCACAUUAUUGGAGAUCAAUCCCCUUGCUGAAACUUCUGAUAAGAAGCUAGUAGCUGCUGAUGCAAAAAUGAACUUUGAUGAUAAUGCUGCUUACCGUCAGAAAGAAAUCUUUGCCCUACGUGAUACAACACAGGAGGAUCCUCGUGAGGUUGCUGCUGCAAAAGCUGACUUAAAUUACAUUGGCUUAGAUGGAGAAAUUGGUUGCAUGGUAAAUGGUGCUGGAUUGGCAAUGGCUACCAUGGACAUAAUUAAACUACAUGGCGGAACUCCAGCCAAUUUUCUUGAUGUUGGUGGGAAUGCUAGUGAAGGCCAGGUCGUGGAAGCUUUUAAAAUCUUAACCUCAGAUGACAAGGUGAAGGCAAUUUUGGUGAACAUUUUUGGAGGGAUUAUGAAAUGCGAUGUAAUCGCCAGUGGAAUUGUGAAUGCUGCAAAACAGGUUCAACUGAAAGUACCAGUCGUGGUUCGUCUCGAAGGAACCAACGUUGACCAAGGCAAGAGAAUUCUCAAGGAAAGUGGUUUGACCCUUAUUACAGCUGAAGAUUUGGACGAUGCAGCUGAGAAAGCAGUUAAAGCAAUUACUGCUUAAAUAUUAUUAGUUUUCAUUGGCUUACUUUUGGAUGGGUGAUUAAAUGUCUAAAUGCACACACUAUAUUCACACCACAUUAGGAAAGUGGUGUUUUGCUUGUGUUUUUUCCAUAAAAAUUUUCAAUAAGCCUCAUUUUUGUUAUACAGAGGAUAUCCCUUGGAUGGGCAUGAGAACCCAUAGUGUCGGACGAUGUACAUUUUUUCUUUUUGUUCUGCCAAAGAAUUCUAUUUCAUUGAGUUUUAAUUGAGUUUUAAUUGUUAUAACUUGUGACAA